AUGACUAUUUCUGAUGCAACCAAUACUGCUGAAUUUGUUGUCUUUGACACUGUAACAACUAAACUGAUUAAUAUCUGUGCAGCAAACACCUCCAACCAGCAGGUUUCUGUUGCACAAUGCUUGCGUGAGAUUGGUGGGAGCACCUUAACCUUCCAAUUGAGCCUGUCCCACUUCAAUUUAAGUGCCAUACAUCAGUGUUUCGCUGUUUCCUGCAUUUUUUUUGACAACAACCAACGCCCACCUCAUCUGAAUUUUGAGUUCCAUCUGCUGGAGCUGUCAAAAGAAGCCAGUCAUUUUCUCCAGAGCAGUCCCGUGAAUCAGAGUGAAAGUGAUGGUAAUGCUGAUGUUGGAGGUGGAAGAGGUGAGCCAUUAGAUCCAAGUCAAACAUCUGUUGAUGGGAGAAACACAAGCGAGGACGGGCCAGUAAGGAGGAAGCUAGCUAUGGCAAGAAGUCACAGACUUGCAAAGAACAAGUGGAGCUUCAGACAGAAUACAUGCUAA